CUUCCAUGAAAUUUUGUCAAGGCACUGUUUUUUGUAAGGCACCACUUGUCACCAAAUCUGAUGAGCAUGACUGAGGGAGGAGCAUAUUUUGAGUCUUUCAAUGAUUUAUUUUCACGAAGCAUGGAUAGAGCAGACCCUAGAGUAUCUUCAUUGUUCCUUAUGGGCUCAGUCAAUGGCAUAAUAGUUGUAGUGGUUGCCUACAUGUUGAUGGUGCAUUAUGGAUUAAAGUACAUGAAAGGCCGAAAGCCUUUUGAUGCGAAACAAUUGGUGUUCAUUUACGACUGUUUCAUGGUCGCUAUAAAUGCGUAUAUUGUCUACGAAUGUGUAGCAGUCGCGUUUAGUGAGAACUUCUCUAUUAUUUGUCAGAAGGUUGACUAUAGCUCUAAUUCAAACGCAGUGAGACUUGUUCGUGCUAUUUGGUUAUUUCAUAUAUCAAAAGUGAUCGAGUGUUUGGAUACAUUCUUUUUCAUUAUUCGAGGUAGAACACAUCUUGUAACAUGGUUACACAUUUAUCAUCAUUGUACAAUGAUGCCAUUAACAUGGGCUGGAGUGAAAUGGGUAGCUGGAGGUGAAUUAUUCCAGCCUGUUGCGGUGAAUAGCAUGAUUCAUGUGAUUAUGUACAGUUAUUAUGCACUAGCAGCUCUAGGACCUAAAUGGAGAAAAUUCCUAUGGUGGAAACGUUAUCUUACAAUGUUACAAAUGGUCUGUUUAUCAUUUUGUGUAGAUUAUUUUGUAAAUAAUGUUCAUGUAUAACGUUAGUGAUAUAAAUUACUUGUUAAAAACACAUUUGGUAGGGAAAUUUAUGUCAUACUUUAGUUGUUUUCUAUUUUAGCCGAAUGAGAUUCGUUUUUUACUCAGGAAAGUUUUCGUGUGAUAUAGAAUUCAGCACCAUGUAUAUUAUUUUCCCUUUGGCCUAAGUAUCUAUCCUAUCCCAAGGGUCACUUGGUAAUAAAGUUCAUUUUUGAAAUCAACUAUAAGAUAAAAUAUGAAUAUGUCUAAUCGGUAUGUGUUUAUGAACUGUCUAUGCACUUUAUUGACUUAAAGAUCAUGUAACUUAAAACUUUAACCAUUUACUAAGGUGGGAUAAAAGUAAACACUUAUCGUAGUUUAAGUAAUAUACCUCUUGAUGCGCGACUGCUAAUUAGUGUUAAUGUAUCCGAAAAAAGGGGGAGAGACUACUGUAUCCUGCACAGUAUUCCUUACAACUUCUGCUAUUUGUGUUGUAGACUAUAUUAGGUUCGUUAUAAUAACUUUCGAACCAUAUCUUAUACUUGUCAAGGAAGACAUUACUAAUUACGACUAUAUCUCUAUACAAAGCAGAGGUGAUUGAGAUUUCGAAUGGGAAAAAACUGCAGUUGGACAAUACCCAUAUGUUUUAACUGGAGUGUAUAUUUUAAUGUAUUUGUAUCGUUAUUUAUAUUUCCUGAAAUGGGAGAUUUUUAACACUACCAUCUUAAUUAAAUCUAAGCGGUGAGGUGUAAUUGUUAAUAUGUUAUUAAAUCUUUUCAUAAAAAAUGUUUUACUCAUUUUCUUCACAUUUUAUACAGAUCCAAUUCACCUAUGGGAUGUUAUACUCUUGUAUUUCACUAUAUAAUCAAUGUGGUCUACGCAGAUCAGUUUACGGAUUGAAUCUUUUUUAUGAAGGCAGUUUACUUUUGUUUUUCUACAAUCAUUAUCAACAAUCUUAUCAUAAAUCUAAAGGGCAAAGAACUCUGCUUACGGUAAGCGUAAUCGAAUUUGAAACAGUUAACGCCUUCGAUGAAUUUGUAUAGUGUAAUAAGAAGACGGAGGUUAUCUGAGAAAUGUGAUGUAUUCGCGCAAUACAUUUCGAACAGUCUGAUCACACACUAACUUGUCAAGACAUUUUAUAUGAAGGAUGAAAAUAUGGUGGGAUAAAAUAAAGAUAAUAUAGGAAAAUAUAGGGAUAAUAAGGAGGAAUAAUACAUUUUCACACGUCUCUCGGCAUAAAGAUGCGAUAAAGAUUACCAAGGGACGUGGGGCUUAUCCCUAAAUGGUUAGAAAAACAAUUACAUUCAAAUAAUUUGAUAAAUACAGUGGGUAAACAGACGCGAUCAUCGAUAGGUAAACACAUUAUGAAAACAGGUCACAGGAUUGACCCCAGAACACCUUUUAGACCAUUGUAUAGGAACCAAACUUGUAUCAGCGAAGAAAUAUUUCUUUUUAACGACUUCAUUAUCAAGUUGUACAGUCAUAUUUAUACUCGGUAAGUGACAGAUAACUUCACUAAAAAGUUGCUGAGUCAAUAUGCAGAAUAUAUACUAUCGGUGUAGGUGAUGGUGUUUAUUCAAGUGGAAGGAUUAGAAAAUUGGUCACUGAAUAAGGAACUAAUUGAUAACAAGGGGUGAGAUAAGAGAUACUUGUUGUCAAAGAAUUGUAAGACUGUGAUAAUUUAGCUAAAACAUGCAAAAUAGGUCAGUGAAUAAGGGGAUAUGGGUCAAAAGUUAUCAAUGAAGUGAAAAUUGGUGAUAAUGAUGAUAAUAAAAGAGAAGUAUACCAAAAUGAAGUAAAAUGAGAUUGACAAAAUAACCAAAAUGAAUUGUUUAAGCCAAAGUAGAGAAAGUGGUUUCACAAAACGUUUUUGAAUGGAAAGUUUCGGUUUUUGUUCAUGUAUAGCUAAUGCUUCUGCUAUGCAUAGGUGAUGGAAACAUAAACCUUUGGAGUAGUUCAAUUUAACGCUGUAAAUUACUUUAAAGGAUGAGUCUCGAAGUGCUUAAUGAUCUAAUUCUACUAGGUGUUCACAUAAAGGAGAAGUCGUUUUCCUUUGCCCCGCCUUCGGUAAGCCAAACCGGGUAAUGUUGAACAGCACGUUUUCGAAAGGGCUCGCUUAUAACGUCCAAUAUAGUCAGCAGGCCCUUCUUCGGACAUGUGCUGUGCUUAUCAAGCUGGAUUAUUAAUAAAUAAUCUCAUGAAUAGUCUGUGUUUGGUCAAGCAACACUAUUAAAGUUGACUUUGAAGUUUUUGAUUAACAGAUGUGUGAUGUUUUAGUUUGCUUAUUGAUCCCUUGAGUAUAACUCGGAGAAACCAAUUCUUGUUCAAUUAUAAUAGGUUGUCUUAACAAUGGUUUUCUUUAGGUACAAAAACUUCUUUCACUGCUUAAAAUUGCAAAUCAGUCAUGUUUUACACUAAAUUUAAAGAUGUAAAGGAAAAUAUCCAUUCCAUAGAUGAGUCAUAUUGAUAUGUAAUAAUUCAUUUCGGCCGAUAAUCUUCGACUGAUUAUAAAUGUUACUAAAGGAAAUUAGUGUAGAAUUAUUGUUUAUUGAAGUAAUGCCUUUUAAACGGUGCGCUUUAUCCACUUAACUGAUUAAAGUAAACCAAUCAUAUAACGGAAAGAACAAUUAUAUUUUGUUGUACAUGUAUCUGAUAGGUAUAAAUUAUAGAGUUCUAAAUUAAACAUAGCAUCAUUACUAUAGCAGUAUAAUGACAGUAGCUGUUUAACAAUGAAAAGUACUAGACUGUUCAACUACAAAUGUUGAUUUCAUGAACUCUAGGCAUAAUGCAACAACACUGCGACAAAGAGAGUAAUACAAAGAAAUCAUGAGUUCUCAUGAAAAGCACUCUGAUAAGUUUUAUAAAGCCUGUGCAUUUGUACAACUAAGCAAUGACCGAAAGAUAUAGACAAUCACUUAGAAAAAAUAAAGCAUAGUGAAACUGUAAUUGAAAGCUAACUACAAACUCAAGUGGAAGAUGAGAACAACAACAAAGUUGAAAAACAGUGGACUUCAAGAAGUAUGGCUACUCAUUCUUAAAAAGUCUAUCAUCAUCUCUGAUCCACUAUGAAAACAACAAGAUUGAAUAUGUGUGAAGCUUAAGAAAUGACCGGAAAGAGCUGACUGAUCACAACAAUUUUAUCUGAAUUAAUAAAGGCAUCUUAUUGUCCUAUGAUCAUCACCAGAUUUAAAUGUAAUUUAGAUAUAACCUAACUAAGCCCACAACAUGAAAAUGCAGUUAACGAAAUUGAUGUAUCACAUAGCCUAAUGGUUAUAUUGCAAACUCGGUCGAUUGAGUUUGAUCAUUGCUUAGGUCUUUCAACCUAACAGCUAUAUCACUUACCAUCCAGUCAUUGAUUUUUGAGUAAAUCUGAACUGACAACGAUCUUAUGGAUGACUAAGAAAAGUUGAUGAUAGCAAAGCCUAAAGAAAUGUAGAAAGCAUGUGUUAACUAUUGGAGGGCAGUUUCUCAGGCUAAUUAGACAGAUUAGGGUCAAAAGUUGGUGCCUAGUGGAUGAUUAAUUUAACUGUUGAGAACAUAACUGCAGUAUCGGUUACUAUGCUCUCAAUGGUAGUUAAAAUCUCCUCUAGCCACUCUUCAGCUACCUGCUAUUUGGCUUCAAAUUAAAUGUGUGUACUUUUAAGGCGUUCAAAUCGUGUUAGUGUGAGCAAAGUUAUCAAAAAUGUGAAAAAUAAGAGGUAGAAUUGCCUGAGUUGGUUUUUACUGAUUAUGAAAACAAAGCCUACUUACUGGUGAAUGACAGUAACCAUAUUUAUUGACAAAAAAGCACGCCUUUGAUUCCAAUGACUGUUAAAGGAGAUUCCCGAUGCAGUUUAUACAUGACAUGAUGGAGGGGAUGGAUACCACUUGAAGUGUUCAUCAGAAUAUCAUCAAUCAGCAUUACUCGAUAAUCAGAUCGAGUAGAUAUAGACAUUGGAUUGUCUCCUCACUUGUUUCGAAUAAAGCUCCUCAACCAUUUGCCUCCUUACUGUUAACAAUGACUCCAAAUUAAUAGUCUCUUAUGUAAUCAGGUUGGAUGGGAUACGGCCAUGCCGACACUUACACAGAUGGAUUUAAUCGAGAGAUUAGGAAACAGUAAAUCAGGCAUAAAUUCAUAAACACAUAGCAAUUAGAAGUCAUAUCUGACACAACUACUUACUCAACAUCUACCUGCAGCUGUCUCACUCACCGGAGUGGAUAGGCCUGAUAAACAACGCUCGUGCAAAGCACUCAUUAGUUGUUACUUGUGUGUUACUGUUUGAAGAGUAUUUGAAUUGUGUGAAGCAUGAAUAUAACACUGUGAACACAGAUCCUCAAGAGAAGCGUGUAAAUCUCGAAGGACCUUAGCAUUGAUCGUUUUAGCAACGAGAUUCCUGACAACAAAUAUGCAAUGUCAAGGUGUUGGUGUGCCACUCUGGCUGUCAAGAAGUGACUGUAGUCGAUUAGGAGUUUACACUCUUUUUCGAAACUUGUGUUGGUUGUGGAGUACUACAUACAAGAGUUUUGAACAGCUCAAAAGGUAGUCGACUACCAUUUAUGCGGUCAGUCAGAUAUACUUAGUUGUUGAUUUUGUAAGAUGUGAUGAGUGAUUUUGAGUCUUCCAACUGAAAUCGAUUUUCACACCACUUGUGAAAAUUGUUUUGAUGAUUUACGUUUGUUUCCUUGUUUGUCUGUUUGUUUGUUUGUAUGUUUUGUGUUAUUCACUCAUCUGAGUUGUUUUUAAUAUUUUGAUGAGGCUUAAGAUUAAUCGUUUAAUUGUUGUUGUUUUUUUUGAGAGGGAAGUGCACUGAAAUCGAGGUAUUGCAUAACUGUUUUCAUCUUUUUUUAUUAUUACACAUAUGUAGACUGAAGAAAACUUAACAGUCAAUCAAACGGGUGAGAAUGCGAAAAUGGAUUGAAUUAAAUGCCAGUAACUCCAGCCAACAUUCUUCACUGUUUUUUUGAUACACGUAUGUAAAACGAAAAACGUGACAUAUAAGCCUUACAUUUUUAUAAUAUGACAAAAUUCUAUCUUCACAAUAUUAAGGUCUUUACUAAUUACCAAGUAUUUUAUUGUUUGCCUUCUUCGUAAAAAUCUAUGGUCAGCUGUUAUACUACCACAUUUUAAGUUAUCUUCACAUUUAAGCUUAUUCUGUCGAACUAUACACUUUGGAAGUCUACAUGUUUGCUCGUGUUUUAUCAAGAUCAAAUCUACAAAAUUUUUCAUCUUUACCUGUCUCCCUCUCAAGUUAUUAAUUUUUACUCUUUUUCAUGUUCUUUAUCAUCAUUGAUUAUGUGUAUAAUAAAGAAGUUGCUAAAUCA